AUGGACACGGACACCCCCCGCGACCGCUCUGCUGCUGCUGCUGCUGCUGCUGCUCCCGCUGCAGCAGAACCUGCAGAGUUCCCCGAGUCCCUGGAGCCGCCAUCGCCGCCAGCAGCAGCAGCAGCACCAGCAGCAGCAGCAGCAGCAACAGUGGAAGCUGGGGCGUUUGUGUCUGAGCCCGAGGCGCUGGAGCUGGGAUCGUGUUGGAUUGCUGCAGUGCUGCAGCAAGUGGGGAGACAGGCGAGUCUCCUUGCUGCACUCCGUGGCACUGCAGCAGCAAACUACUGCGACAUAAAAGCUGCGCUGCGGCUGGUGUCUCCUGCUGCUUACGCGCUGCUGUUUGCUGCUGCAGCGGAGCCCCACGCGCCGGCCCUCCCGCUGCUGCUGCAGCAGCAGCAGCAGCAGCAGCAGCUGGUCGUCUCCGACGAGAGCGUGGAGGUCGUAAGAGGCCCCUCGGCGGAAGGCCGAAAGGCCUGCGGGG